AUGGAAAAUCAAACUUCUGUUGAAAGGGCUAUAUACCGCCGUAAUGAGUGUGGAUGUAGGAAAGAGGAUUGGUAUGAAUGGCCACCAAUGGAUUUUAUGAAGAUGGAUUCAACACUUAAUGUCCAACAAUUAAUUCAACAAAAUAUUCAUCUUAAGAAAAGUAGUGUUCAAAUUUUAGAUCUUCCUAAAGGAGUUAAUUAUGGAGUUUGGAAGUAUGAGCAUUUAAGACAAUUUUGUAUGGAAUUAAAUGGAUUGGCAGUUAUGCUGCAAAUUGAAUGUAAUCCUGAAUCAUGUCCCCAAAUGAAUGCCACAGAACAAUGGUUAUUCCUUUGUGCAGCUCAUAAAGAACCAAAAAAUUGUUCUGCAAUUGACUAUACACGACAUACGCUAGAUGGAGCAGCAACGCUACUUAAUUCAAAUCGUUAUUUUCCUUCUCGAGUUGACAUUAAGGAAUCAUCUCUUUCAAAAAUUGGUUCUACCUGCCGUCGUGUUUACAGAAUUUUUGCUCACGCUUAUUUUCAUCAUCGAUCUUGUUUUGAUCAAUUUGAAGCUGAAACGGGACUAUGCUCUCGGUUUACGCUUUUUGUAACUAAAUAUAAUUUAAUGGCACAGGAACAUUUAAUUGUACCUAUUGAAAUACCCGAAAUUAAAGAUGAUAAAUAA